GGAUCAGGCCGGCGAUGACUCCGUGUUUCUGCUGUUCGUUCAGCAGCUUAAGUUCACAUUAGCUCCAGAAGCAUGCUGUGUGUUUGCCCUGUGUAACUGAAACCUGCUGUUGUGCUUCAGGCCUUCCUCCCUCGUCCAUGCUCAGCUACCAACAGCAGCAGCACUUGCUGCGCAGAGGCACCGCCCCCAUGGGCCAGAUGAGCUCUCACAGUAUUUGGGAGAACAGCAUGGGCUUUGGCCCCGUGAGCGUCGCCCCGGGAUUGCUCACACACAUGGAGGAUAAUCCACUCAUGUCGAUAAUCAAAGAGGUGGGCCAUCCUAAACGAGCUCCUCAGGGCAGGAACGAUGAGGAUCUGUCAGAGAGGGCUCCUCCUCCACGCUCUUCUUCCCCUGUGAUUGGCUCCCCUCCGGUGAGGGCGGUGCCAAUCGGGACUCCACCCAAACAGCCGAUGAGCCACGCGCUGAAUCACCAGGUCAGAAACAGAAAGUCUUCCUGCUGGGUGUCCCUCCCUGCUGUGAACACGUGUUUCUGUCGCAGGAUUUAA